ACCGAGAUGCCCGCGGUAUCUCUGCCGUCGGCCCGUUGUAAACCCCUCGUCUCACGAUCUGCCAUCCAGCCAGCGCAAAAUGACGCCCAGAAAAGCCUGUGCUUUUUCGAGGAUUCAUUGCAUACAGAGCAAGUCUGGGCGAGCUGAAAUCACGCGUAUCGGCCAUGUCCGAAGCCCGGGUUCCGGCAGCCACGCCCCCCUGACUCCACACCGUAUAGCAUACAGCCCCAGUGCCAAUGGAUUUUGCCCUCACCUCGCGUCGGUCGACUCCGACAACUAGUUAGAAAGGCGGGAUGUAGGCCCGUUCCGCGCUGUUUCUUUCUCAUACUCCUUCUCAGCUCAGUGGAUGCUCAUCGCUUGUCCGAGACGAUGAACCCCCGUCCGUCGACCUCGCCGGGCCCUUCGACGGCCACCUCGCCGUCGCUGGUGGCGCGCGAUCCUCCAGCCCCGCCUGACCUACUGUCUCCUCCUCAGCGAGCCACCUCGCCAACAGGGCGAAGAUCGAUGCACAGCGGACAUCCGCACUCACAUCCGCUCUCGCCUCCAUCCCGUACUGCGUCUACAUCGCCGCCACCACGCUCGCCCUCGCUUGCUCCCGCGCGCUUCCCCGCCACGGGCGAUGAACUAGACGCCGAGAUCGAGCUCGAGCGAACACUCUCUCACGCCGAGACACGGAAUAGUCGUGAUGGCCGCCCGCCGUCGCGAGCUCGCUCCCCUACUAUCGCGGAAGAAGACGAACCCUCUGACGGGACGACGACCGCAACAUCGGAGGCCAAGGACGGCAGUGCCGCCGAGGCGCAGCGCGAGCCAGAUAUCUAUGACCGCUUCUCUCCCCAUCGCAAGCACAUCAUGAUUGCCAUCGUUUCGUUCUCGGGUUUCCUUGGCCCUGUCGCGUCGUCGGCAUUCCUGCCGUCUAUUACGGUGAUGGCCGACGAGCUCAAUACAACACCCGAGAUGAUCAACUACACCGUCGCCAUUUUCAUCGUCACAAUCGGCAUUGCGCCGCUCUUCUGGUCUCCCCUUGCCGGAUUCUACGGCCGCAAGCCCAUCUACCUUCUCUCGAUGCCGAUUAUGACUGUCGCAUCAAUAGGUGUCGCCAACUCGAAAACAAUCGGCCAGAUCAUUGGCACGCGUAUUUUGCAAGGCAUCGGCUCGUCUGCUGUCCUCGCAGUCGGCGCAGGCACAGUCGGCGACCUGUACCGCCCGACAGAGCGCGCCAACGCCAUGUCCUGGUUCUACAGCGGCAUCGUCAUGGGCCCCGCGUUCUCUCCCGUCCUAGCUGGCCUCUUCACAGAAUACACCGCCAUCACCUGGCGUGCGACGCAGUACUUCCUGUGCGCAGCGUCCGCCCUCUCCGUGGGUCUCACCGCCGCAUUCCUGCCCGAGACAUCGCACCCGCCCCUCCCCCACACGCGGAUCAAGGCUGAGCGCGGCAAAAAGUUCGUGCCCUUCUGGUUCAACCCGAUCCAGUCGGUCCUGCUCAUGCGGUACCCGAACAUCGCGCUCGCGACAUUCACGAGUUGCUUGGUCAUGAUCGAGCUGUACUGCAUCAUGAUCCCGCUGUCGACCAUCUUCAAGGAGCGGUACAACCUCACAAACGUCGCGCUCGCGGGCUGCAUCUACCUCGCGCACGGGGUGGGCACGCUGCUCGGCGCGCGCAUCGUCGGGCCCUACGCGGACCGCAUCGUGCGCUCGUGGAUCGAGAAGCGCGGCUACCGCAAGCCCGAAGACCGCUUGCGCGCCGCAUUGAUCGGCACGGCCCUCGUCCUCCCCCUCUCGUGCUUCGCCUACGGCUGGCUCCUGCACUUCAACAAGGGCGGGCUCGCGCCCCCCAUCGUCUUCCUCGUCAUCAACGGCGUCGGCACGCCCAUGUUCUUCACCCCGCUGAACACGUAUCUCGUCGACGCGCUGCAGAAACGCUCGGCCGAGGCCAUCGCCGUCAACAACUUCUUCCGCUACCUCUUCGCGGCGGCCGCGUCCGCCUUCGUUCUCCCCAUGAUCAACGCCGUCGGCCUCGGCUGGACCAUGACCAUCGGCGUCGUGUGCUGCUGGUUUGCGCUGGGUCUGAUCCUCGCAACAAUGCGCUGGGGCGAGGCGUGGCGCGAAGCCGCCGCCGUCCACUUCAAGGAGGUGCCGGACGCCGAAGACGGCGCCAGGCACAUGCCGCAGGUGGAGGAGAAGGCUGAUGUCGAGUGCAUCGAGGGGGACGUUGCUUCGGGGGGAAGGGCAGGGAAGGCAACGGAGAAAGAGAAGGAGAAGGAGGCGUCGCGCCGCCCCUCCGCUGGCUCAGAUCACGAGCACCACGAUGAGCGGCACGAGGAGCCCGGCCACCUCCCGACCGCCAUCAAGCGGAGCCGCACGCGCGGCAAUACUGUCGGCGGCGGGGGGCUGGCGCGCGCCUCCUCGCGGCAAAGCACCAAGUCGCUGCCGACCGUCGGCGAGGUUCUGCAGCGCACCGUGUCAAUCAGUGGCGCCAGCGUGCACGGAGGGUAAUAAUAGCACUACUGUAUGUAUGCAUUCGUCUGGGCGAUGCUUGGCCGCAGCCGUCUAUCUUUACUAUCGCGAAAGCCUCUACUUGCCGCCGUUCUGCCACGGGUCGCACCCGUGCUUCGUGAAGUCGCUGUUCACGGUCGGUGGUGUGGGGUUACCGUCGUCGUGGAUGUCGGCGUGCACGUGCACCUUGAUCUCGCGGAUGUCGGUGCGCGCUCCCAUGAUG